GGAUAUGAAUAUUCAAUGCUAUGCAAACAGUGGUUGUUCGACAACAGAUUGGACACCUUCAAUGGACCGUUAUCUCAUAGAUGUAAUGCUAGAGGAAGUGCAUAAGGGGAAGAAGAUUGACUACACCUUCAACAAUCAAGCAUGGAUAGAUAUGUUUAUGUUGUUCAAGGAACGAUUCUCAUUACAACAUGACAAAGAUUUUCCGAAAAGUCGUUAUAGAAGUUUGGAAAAGCAGUACUUUGAUAUGAAAAAUCUUCUUGAACAGAGACGAUUUUCAUGGGAUGAAACACAGCAAAUGGUCACAGCUUUUGAUGAUGUUUGGGAUGCAUAUGUGAAGAUGCAAAACCAUGCCGAAUCAUGCCGAUGCCAAAUUAUAAUGACUUGUGCUUGAUUUAUGGAAAUCCAGCUUCUGAUGAACGGUGUAACGAAGCACGUCAAGAUCUAGGAUGUAAUGGUUUUGGUGCCAGACUUAACAAUAGCUAUCACCAAAGAACUGAUUGGACACCAUCGAUGGACCGAUAUUUUAUUGAUCUAAUGUUAGAGCAAGUUCGUAAUGGAAGUAUGGUUGAUAAAAAAUUCAACAAGCUAGCCUGAAGUGAUAUGAUUGCAAAGUUUAGUGCAGAAUUUGGGUCUCAGCAUGACAAAGAUGUCCUAAAAUGUCGUUUUAUGAGUUUGAGGAAGCGGUUUAAUGAUAUGAAAACUCUACUUGACCAAAGUGGUUUUUCUUGGAAUGAAAUGCAACAAAUGAUACGUGCUGAAGAUGAUGUCUGGGAUGCUUAUGUCAAGGUACAUCCUGAUGCAAGAACAUACCGCAAUAGAACUCUCCCAAAUGUCAAUGAUUUGUUUUUGAUCUAUGGAAAUGACAACACUGAGCAAAGGCAAAAUUACUCUGAUCACUUUAUGGAUGUUGAGGACUAUGAGCUGGGAGUAAAUAUUGGUGAAGAGGAUUACCAGUCCCCUGCUAUGACAGCUAUUAUUACAACAACUUUGUUGUUGUAA